ACCGGAAGUAGAUCCGCCCUCGAUAUCUGUCCGACCACCGGAGUGCAGCGGCAUGCUAGCAGCAGCAGAGUAGACAUUUCUUCGCAGACUCUUUAGGGAUCCACAACAGCUUGUCUUUCUCCAAUAUUUUUAAAUAAAAGGCACAAUGUGUGACAAGAUGCUCCAGAGAGUUAAAUAUCUGGAGGAGGCGGUCGAGAGGUUGAAGAAUCAGCUCAGAAUGAAUAAUGAGUGCAGAGAAGAAGAUGACGUGAAUAAGAAGACCACACCAGAAACGCUCGACGGUCAGACCGAGUCCAAACCCGGUUUGACCAUCAGCAGUAAAAAGACCAAAAAACACAGUAAACAGCGUCCGUUUGACUUCUCCUCCCAUCCUCGGCGUCAUGUGGCACUGAGGAUCGCCUACCUCGGUUGGGAGUACCAGGGCUUUGCCGUCCAGGAGAAUACUGACAAAACGGUGGAGGCCAGGCUGUUCGAGGCGCUGCUGAAGACACGUCUGAUCCAGGACCGCCAGACAUCCAACUACCAACGCUGUGGUCGCACCGACAAGGGCGUCAGCGCCUUCUCCCAGGUGAUCACCAUAGACCUGCGCUCCUCCCUGUUCAGCCCUGGGUUGGGCGUCACGCUCCCGGACAAGACGCCCAGCGGGACCUACCCCAAGACCGGGACCCCCGCCAAGAACAGCGCCCCCGCCCCCGGGUCGGAGCUUGAGUACCUGAAGAUGCUGAACCGCGUUCUGCCGCAGGACAUACGGGUGCUGGACUGGGCGCCGGCGGCCGACGGAUUCAGCGCACGCUUUGACUGCCAGUCGCGCACAUACCGCUACUACUUCCCCCGCGGCGCGCUGGAUGUUGAGCUGAUGGCAGAAGCGGCACAGAGGUUUGUGGGGACACACGACUUCCGGAACGUGUGCAAGAUGGACGUGGGAAAUGGCGUGCUGCAGUUUCAGAGGACCAUCCUCGCCGCAACCAUCAGGCCUUCCGAAGAGAACGCCAGCGGCAACCCUGAAGACCCCCAGGCCCCCCAUGACCCCAAUGACCCCUAUGAACUCUUCAUUUUCGAGAUCAAAGGACUGGCGUUCCUCUAUCACCAGGUGCGCUGCAUGAUGGCUCUUCUGCUCCUGAUUGGUCAGAAACUGGAGAGCCCAGAGAUCAUCAACCAGCUAUUGGACGUUGGCAGUAACCCGCGGAAACCCCAAUACAGCAUGGCGGUGGACUUCCCCCUGGUGCUGUACGGCUGUGACUUCCCGGGCCUGGCCUGGCAGGGCGGCGGCGCAGAGCUGCACUGUGCCAGCGCCACGCUGCAGCAGCAGUGGGCCCGCAGCGCCGUGGAGACGCACGUCUACCGCGGGAUGCUCCGCGGCCUGGAGGCCAUGGGCGCGGAGUCGUCUAAGAGCUGCUGGCUGGUGGAAGGUUCCAGAAUGAAGAACUACAAGCCGCUGCUGGAGCGGCCGUGCUGUGAGAGCCUGGAGGCCCGGAUCGACCACUUUGUGAAGAGAGGUCGUCUGGAGCGUGAUGACGGGGAGAACGGAGGAGAAGCGGUCCACAGGGGCAAGAGAUCCAAACAUGUCCAUGAUUCAGCGCAACCUUCCACGACAAAACUGAAUUAAAAUGUACAAA